UGAUUGAAUAUGCUUGAUCUACAAGUGUCACAAAUAAGUAAACCAAAACAAAAAUAUUUUGAUAUUUGACUAUUUAUGUGAAUUUUUUCGUUUAAAUAUUCAAAUCUAAAGGCUAAUCAAUCAAAAUUAAAUGAGUCAACGAAGCAGAGUUAUCGAUUUAUAUAAGCGGCUCCAAUACCUGGGCAGAGAAUAUCCUGGUGGGGCGGAAAAAUUUCGUAGAAAAUGUCACGACGCUUUUCUUCGAAACAGCAACGAACAACAACCGGAAAAGGUAGAAAAAAUGAUCGGACUUGGCGAAUACAUUAUAAAAGAAUUGGAGGCGUUGUACUCGCUACGAAAAUACCGGGCCAUGAAGAAGAGAUAUUACGACGACAAAUGAUGUGCCAUAUCCAAUGUGAUUGUAGACAAAUUUGCUAGAUAAAUUAUAAAUCCGAUAGUGACGUAAUAACGGCCUUUCAUUGAACAGAAAACCCGAUAGAAAACCUAUUAUCUUUAGAGGCAAAGUUGAUGAUUAAUAAAUGGGUUCUACCUUCAUCGAAACAUUAAACCCCAAUAAAUUUUGUGUUGAUA